AUCGAACCUUGAAAUAUAAUUACCUUGAGGGGUCACUGGCUCUUAAUUUACCUGAACUAAUCAUUGAAAUCUACAUAAACCUCAUUGAAAUCCUAUCACCAUGCCUCCACAUCUCGUAUUCCAGAAGACUCAUCAAAGAUGCGAUUCCUGGCACUCAUCACUGCCCAAUUCCUGUUACCAGGAGUUUUCGCAAUUCUUAAUGCAACAGAAAAUGAUAGCCGCCUUACCAUCGCCAACGACCGCCUCUAUGCAACCGUGAGCAAGCAGACUGGGAAGGUCGAUGGGCUUACACUCGACGGCCAGGAUCUUCUAGGGUCCGGCACACUUUACCUGGAUUGUUAUUGCACACCAUCGGGGUUCUACACACCUGGAAGCAAAGGUGCCACUUUCAAGCUUGUCCAGGGGGAAGACAGUACAGGGAAAAAGUAUGGCGGGAUCAUCAUGGGAGAGACCUACACUGCCACCAAGCAACGACUCGAACAAUACUAUUUUCUCCGCGAAGGGGAAACUGGCCUUCAUACAUUCAGUCGUCUCGUGUAUAACAACAAGGAGACGCCGUUUCUACGAAAUCUUCAAGAAUUUAGAACUCUUCUCCGUCCGAACCAUUCGCCAAAUCUCUUUACUCAUUUUGUCACAAAUGAGGAAUUCGACGCACCUCGACCAAAUACCGACGGUCAAGUUGUCGUACAGGAUGCAACUUGGUGGCUAGCGCAUCGCGACGAUCCUUAUGUAAAAGGAGUGGCUGAUUAUUUCACCAAGUACACAUUCCAGGAUACCUGGCGGGACCAUAAAGCUCACGGCAUGUACGCGGAUGGAAGCGCAAGCAAGGAUGGCUCUACUUAUGGUGCCUGGCUUGUACACAAUACCGUCGACACGUACUUUGGCGGUCCGAUUCACUCGGAUCUUGUCGUUGAUGGUAUCGUUUAUAAUUACAUGGUAUCUAAUCAUCAUGGCGAUGGCACCCCAAAUAUUACCGACGGUUUCGACAGAACGUUUGGGCCACAAUACUUUCACUUCAACAAAGGCAAACCCAAGACGCCGCUCGCAGAUCUUCGGCGUGAUGCAGAACAAUACGCAAAGCCCGACUGGAACGCAGACUUCUACGAUUCAAUCGCGCAACAUGUGCCCAACUACGUUCCGACAUCCGGACGAGGGACCUUGAAGGGCAAGAUUAACCUACCGAAAGGUGCCACGGAUCCCAUUGCCGUCCUAGCUCAGAGCGGAGUGGAUUUUCAGGACAACGUUCUUGACCCGAAAGCAUACCAGUAUUGGGCCAAUAUCGACAAGGCUGGCAAAGUAUCCAUUCCUCGCGUGAAGGCGGGAAAAUACCGUCUUACAGUAUAUGCACAUGGUAUCUUCGGAGACUACGUACAGGAUGACAUCCUCAUAUCUGAAGGCAAAACCACCACGAUUGAUGCAAAGUGGACUCCGGAGACAGCAGGCACUGAACUUUGGCGAAUCGGCACGCCAGACAAAAGCUCUGGGGAGUUCCGACAUGGCUAUGCUCCCUCCGAUAGAUCGCUGCACCCACAAGAGUACCGGGUGUACUGGGCUGCGUAUGAUUUUGUUGAUGAGUUUCCAAAGGGCGUCACAUACAAGGUUGGUAAGGAUGACCCAGCCAAAGCCCUGAACUACGUCCACUGGAGUGUUUUCGGAGGCAAGGCAAACUAUGUCCGACCCAAUCCAGUGUACGACAACAUCAAUAACUGGACAGUUCUAUUCGAUGUAACCGAAGCCCAACUGAAGAACAGGUCAACCGCUACAUUUACAGUUCAGCUAGCUGGAGCUAAGACGGCUGCUGGCAACACUGAUGUAUACAACGCGAGCGAGCCGUACUCAAACCUGCCAUAUACCGUGAACGUAAACGGCCGAGACUUGAAGCCCUGGGUGAUCCCAUAUUGGCAGAGUAGUUCCUGUGCUGUUCGAUCGGCCGUCAUUUGCUACACCCUGGCACAUAAGUUCGAGUUCAAUUCAACACUACUUAAGGCAGGCGAAAACACCUUUGUACUCAGCCUUCCAUACAAAGGUACGAAUUAUGAAAGCGCUCUGCUUCCAGAGAGUGUUUAUGUGCAAUAUGAUGCAUUGCGUUUGGAGGUGAAAUAG